AUGCUUCUUCAUGGCGGUGUACGGCAUCUGUUUAACGUGUUACGGAAAUUUGGCAACUGUCCGAAUUCGAGGUUGAGCGUUUCGCACUUGAAUCAUCGAUCUCUGCUGAAACUCACCGGUCGCGAUGCGCUGUCUUUCCUGCAAGGUUUGCUAUCGAACGACGUCAGUGUGCUAGAGUCUUCGAGUACCCAUCUGUCGCAGUCGCUUCAUGCCUACCUCUUGAAUCCCUACGGCAGAAUCGUGUACGAUCUCAUUCUGUACGGCAGUACCGCUGAAGAAGAGCGGUGUAUACUCCUCGAAUGUGAUCGACGCAUAGUUUCGGAGCUGGGUCGCAUACUCAGGCGGUAUGUAUUGAGGAAGAAUGUGAAUAUCCAGAACGAUGACCGCGGUUUGUUUGCUUUGCUCCCUUCCUCCGAAUCUGAGUUUCAAGUCAAGAACAGUCUAGAAAUUUACGCUGAUCCAAGGUCGCCCUCACUCGGCUGGCGACUUAUUUGUGACGUCGCGAAGAUGAAUAGCAUGGGCGGUGUCAAAUCUGUUGAUUUGCAAGAGUACCAUAGAAAGAGAUGUAUGCUCGGAAUUCCCGAGGGCAUCGACGACCUUCCUCCUGGCGCUUGCUUUCCGUUUGAGUCAAACGGUGACUACCUUAACGCGAUCAGCUUCGACAAGGGAUGUUACAUUGGCCAAGAAUUAACGGCACGGACUUACCACACGGGGGUGGUACGAAAACGACUGUUUCCUAUAGUAUUUGAUUCAAUGGACGAAGUGUUUCUCGAGCAAGUCCGCGCAGGUAGUCAUGUGCUGAUGACCUUCCAGAACGAGUACAUGGGCAAAGUCAGAAAUUUGUACAGUUCCGUAGGGCUAGCACUGGUGAAUGUGGAUAAAGCAUUGACGAAAGCCAGGGUCUACGUCCAACUUACGGAACAAAUUGUGAUUGCGGCUUCUGUUAAGAUUCCGUGUUGGUUUAGGCAACCGGGGACUGAACAGGUACAUGCGUAG